UUUAAUUUAUAUAUAUUUUUUCAUAAAUAUGCAGAGUAAUGGCAUACAAACUCAAUAUUUAAAGCCAACUAAAUAACGGACUCUGUGAUCAAUAAAUCCAUGUUGUCAAUUUCAAUUGGCUCAAUUUUUAUUUAUUUAUUUUUCACAUAUUUAUGUAUAUUACGCUAAUCAAACAUGAAUUUAACAAUCUUCACAGUGGAUGUUGUAAGACUUUCUAUAUAUCAUGUUAAAUGAAAUAUGAUAUAUAUAUAUAUAUAUAUAUGUGAAUUUCAAAUCUUGUCUAGGUUGGUCUCUCGAUUCAUCCAAUGCCAAUGGUGUGUUGAAAGUUCGAAACCUGGGGGCACUACAGAAUUUCCACAACCCCACAAACACGCAGUCACGCAGAGAUCACCGUUGACUGAGACCGAUUUGACCCCCGAAAUCGUUUAACGCACACCGUCUGAUCUUAACCGACACUUUCAAUUGUUCUCUCUCAAGUCUCAACCUUUCAGCUACAAGUCUCAGCCCAGAAAUCUGUAACAACUCAGAUAGUCAUUAAGCUCUCUGAAUUGAAAUACUUGAGAGGCCUCCAAGAAAGUUGGUAUGGGAACAGAUGGUAGUAAUUGGCACUUAUCAAUGACCUAUGACCAGUGGGUAGCAUUAUCAGUGUCUGGUCCACGACCACCGGCUCGCUACAAGCAUGCUGCAACUGUAAUUGAUGAAAAACUGUACAUUACUGGUGGAAGUCGCAACGGUCGGUACCUAUCUGAUGUUCAGGUUUUUGAUCUUAUAAAUUUAGAAUGGUGUAUUCUAAAACUGCAAUUGGAACCAAAUGCUGAUAAAACUAAAGACAGUAGCUCCCAGGAAGUUCUUCCUCCUACCUCGGGUCACAGUAUGAUUUAUUGGGCGGGCAAACUUCUUCUUCUUGGUGGGCUUUCAAAGAAUGAUUCUGGCAGUGUGACAGUGCGGUUCAUUGAUCUGGAAUCACAUCACUAUGGUGUUAUGGAGACCUUUGGAAAAAUUCCGGUAGCUCGUAGUGGGCAAUCUGUAACAAUGGUUGGUUCUAGACUGAUAAUGUUUGGUGGAGAAGACAAGACCAGGCAGCUGCUGAAUGAUGUCCAUGUUCUUAAUCUAGAGACAAUGAAUUGGGAUGUGUUGGAGACUACGCAGCCACCUCCGUCUCCCAGAUUUGAUCACACAGCUGCAGUGCAUGCAGAACGCUACCUUCUAAUUUUUGGCGGUUGUUCUCAUUCAAUCUUUUUCAACGAUCUUCAUGUACUGGACUUGCAGACUAUGGAAUGGUCCCAACCACAAAUUCAGGGUGAUUUGGUGGCAUCUAGGGCAGGUCAUGCAGGUAUCACCAUUGAUGAUAACUGGUAUAUUGUUGGUGGUGGGGAUAAUAAAAAUGGUGCCCCAGAAACUGUCAAGUUAAAUAUGCAUAAGCUUGUUUUGUUAGUUUUGACAAGCGUAAAGGAAAGAGAUGCACUGGCCAGUGAGGGGCUCAGUGUUUCCUCGGCAGUAUUGAACGGAGAGAAGCUUUUGGUUGCCUUUGGUGGCUACAAUGGGAAUUAUAAUAAUGAGGUAUUUGUUAUGAGACCCAAACCAAGGGACUCUUCACAUCCCAAGAUUUUCCAGUCGGCAGCAGCUGCAGCAACGGCAGCCUCAGUUACUGCUGCAUAUGCCGUAAACCAACCUGGAAAGUUGGACUUCAUUAAAACAGAAGAUUCAGACAUUAAGUUAGUCGAGGACAAUGGCUCUCAACAGGAUCUUUCACUUGACAUCAACGCAAUUAGAGAAGAAAACAAGGUGUUGGAAUCAUUACUUGCUGAAGUUAAAGCAGAAAAUUCUGGUCUGAAGGAAAAGAUUGAGGAAACUUCAAGUACCCAUGCCGAGUUGUUCAAGGAAUUCCGUUCAUUCAAAGGUCAACUGGGAGCUGAGAGAUCAAGAUGCACUAAAUUGGAGGCACAGAUCACAGAGUUCCAGAAGAUGCUGGAGAAUCUGCAGUCUAUAGAGGAAGAGGUUCAACUACUUCGGAGACAGAAAUCUGAGUUGGAACGUGAGGUGGAGCUUGCCACAGCCGCUCAGAGCCAAAGUUCUGGUGGUGUUUGGAAGUGGAUAACUGGAUUACAGGAGUAAAUGCGACUCAUUAAAGUUGCCGGUACCUCAAAAUUGGAACGGUUAAACACUGGAAAACUGACCACCACCAAGCCUCUAGGUCAAGUUCUAUUUCCUCAUCCUCCCAUAUGGGAGGUCGAUGGUUCAAGUUUCCACUGGAACUUAGAUGUGUUUGUUGAGUUUGGCGGCUGUAUUCUUACCAACAAAAAGAAGGAAAAAAAAGGUGACGUUUACUCGCAAUUGUAGCCUCAAGCAAUAGGUCUAAUCUUUAGCUCAUGCGGGAUGCCACUGUAUUUAUAUGGUGAACAUGCUUGAGAGUGAAUUUUGAAAUAUUUUCUGAAAACUGAUCAUUAUAUGAAUUUUGUGAGAACAUGAGACCACAUUGGGACAAUGAUUUAUAGUAUUUCUUUCAGGUGUUUCUGGGUAUCA